AUGUCCCCCAAGGCAUCCUCCUCCAACGUCCGUCUGGCCUCGGCCUCGUACGGCAAGGACCUCGUCCGCAUCUUCCGCAUCGUCCGUGACGCCAAGGACCCUUCCUCGCACCGCGUCGCCGAAUACACCAUUCGCUGCCUGCUCCACGGUGAGAGCCUCACGCCAUCGUACACGGAAGCCGACAACUCGCCCGUCGUCGCCACGGACACGGUCAAGAACACGCUCAACUACCUCGCCAAGGUGCUGCCCGCCGAAGACGUGCUCUGCCCCGAGCGCUACGCGCUGCACGUGGUCAACCACUUCCUUUCGACCUACUCGCACAUCGAAAAGACCGAGGUGGACCUCAUCCAGCACAAGUGGACGCGCAUCGUCUUGGAUCAGAAGGACGGCGGUGCACACAAGCACAGCUUCGUACGUGACGGCGAGGAGAAGCGCACCGUGCGAGCGCUGGGUGAGCGAUCGGGCAGCGAGAUCAACGUGACGACGCUCGAAGGUGGUAUCAAGGGUCUGCUGGUGCUCAAGAGCAGUGGCAGUGCCUUCCACGGCUUCCACCGGGACAGCUUCACCACGCUCAAGGAGGUGCACGACCGCAUCUUCUCCACCGAGGUCGAGUGCUCUUACUCGAUCGCACUGCCCAAGGGCGGCCUUACCGCUGCGCUCAAGAACCCAUCCUCGCUGCCACAGUUCUGCGACAUCCACUCGUCGGUCAAGUCGCACAUUCUUCGUAUCUUUGCCCUGGACGACUCGGCCAGUGUGCAGGCCACCAUGUACCGUAUGGGCGAGCACAUCCUCGCCGACGCGGCCAACAGCACGGUGCAGGAUGUCUCGUUCGCGUUGCCCAACAAGCACUACAUCCCCAUCGACCUCGGCUUCAAGGGUCUCAGCAACCUCAACGAGAAGGAUGCAGAGGUGUUCCUCCCCACCGCGCAUCCCAGCGGCUACAUUAAGGCCAAGAUCGCUCGUUCGCCCGCUGCCAAGCUCUGA